CCAGACAGGGGGCGGAGCCACGCCAACAGUCCGAGGUCGCGCAGGCGCUGGUACUAAGUUGGUCUGCCAGUUGCUGCGUUGUGAGGGGUGUCCGGGCAGUGCAUCCCAGCCAGCUCUUAGUGUGGAGCAGUGAACUGUGUGUGGUUUCUUCUACUUGGGGAUCAUGCAGAGAGCUUCACGUCUGAAGAGAGAGCUGCACAUGUUAGCCACAGAGCCACCCCCAGGCAUCACAUGUUGGCAAGAUAAAGACCAAAUGGAUGAUCUGCGAGCUCAAAUAUUAGGUGGAGCCAACACACCUUAUGAGAAAGGUGUUUUUAAGCUAGAAGUUAUCAUUCCUGAGAGGUACCCAUUUGAACCUCCUCAGAUCCGAUUUCUCACUCCAAUUUAUCAUCCAAACAUUGAUUCUGCUGGAAGGAUUUGUCUGGAUGUUCUCAAACUGCCACCAAAAGGUGCUUGGAGACCAUCCCUCAACAUCGCAACUGUGUUGACCUCUAUUCAGCUGCUCAUGUCAGAACCCAACCCUGAUGACCCGCUCAUGGCUGACAUAUCCUCAGAAUUUAAAUAUAAUAAGCCAGUCUUCCUCAAGAAUGCCAGACAGUGGACAGAGAAGCAUGCAAGACAGAAACAAAAGGUUGAUGAGGAAGAGAUGCUUGAUAAUAUACCAGAGGCUGGCGACUCCAAAGUACACAACUCAACACAGAAAAGGAAGGCCAGUCAGCUAGAAACACCAGAGCCGAAAGCUAUUAGAAGUCAUCCAACCAUUUCUCUGCCUGAAGUACCGAGGACUGGACUGGAGAACAGAAGUGACAUGCCUGAGGAUUUAAAAGCCCAGCUCCCUACUCCCAGCUCAGGAAAGGAUGGGAAAAGGCUAAAAGCAUGGACUUAGAUCAAGGAGACCCAAUUUCAGCUAACUUGUGACCUUAGCUUUGUACUCAGUCCUUCUAUUUUUUCAGGUUUUACCUCUGCAAAAGGGAUGAUGAUGAUGCCGCUGCUUAAGACUCAUGAGGUUGUUGUGAGGAUUGAAUGAGAUGAUGCAUGUAAAGCAUCCAGUACAGGGACUGGCAUGGUGCUGACAUUUAUUGAGUGCUUAGCAAGGGCACUGGGGGAUGGAGACCAACCAUAGGUGGGUCUUAAGGAGCUGCCCUGCCCACUGCCAACUUGCCAAUCUGCUCUGUUCCUUAGAUAAGCAAGCUGAGCUGUUUCUCAAUUCCAAACCCCUAAUUAAAGAGAGAUGACAUCCAUGACUGAUCAUAUAAACAUUGCGGAUUCCAAGUUCCCCUCUCCUGCUGCCCCCAACCCCCCUCUCUACCUCUCCCCAAAAGCUAUCUAAAUAAGAACAGAUUUUACCACCCACCUUGUGGGCAGACUCAGCUGAGGCUGGAACUAGCUAUUUAUCCUCCGGCUGCUGCAGGAAUUCAACACAUACAAAU